CUGCCAUGGUGCCAGUGAAAAAGCUUGUGGCGAAGGGGGGCAAAAAAAAGAAGCAGGUUUUGAAGUUCACCCUUGACUGCACCCAUCCUGUAGAAGAUGGAAUCAUGGACGCUGCCAGUUUUGAGCAGUUGCUCCAGGAGAGAAUCAAGGUGAAUGGGAAAGCUGGGAAUCUUGGCGGAGGGGUUGUGAGCAUCGAACGGAGCAAGAGCAAGAUCACUGUCACCUCUAAGGUGCCUUUUUCUAAAAGGUAUUUGAAAUAUCUCACCAAAAAAUAUUUGAAGAAGAACAAUCUUCGAGACUGGUUGCGUGUUGUUGCCAACAGCAAAGAAAGUUACGAAUUGUGCUACUUCCAGACUAACCAGGAUGAAGAGGAGGAGGAGGACGAGGAUUAAGACACAUUGGUCUGG